ACAAAGUCCUCCAUCAUGUCGGUCAGAACGCAAUUUGCCAUGGGCAACAAGGACUCCAUCGACAAGAGCCACGACACUCCCUCGUCUGCCGCACAAGACGCGCGCAGUCGCGUGCUUAGCGCGUUGCAGGCCUGGGAUCAGCUCGAGCUGCUCGCAUUGCUGAGCGACAAGCCCGACAGCCCGUUGUAUCAACAGCUGCUGCACUUUGACAACUGGUAUAAGGGCGGCGUGGACGGAUACCUCUCCACUGCCACCAAGUUAUACGCGGAGCUGCGUGGCGAGCCAGAUCAAGAUGAAAAAGCCGACGUGUGGAGUGACUGGCGUCCGUCAAACCCUUCGACUUCGUCCGAAUUGGCAGCACUCGACUCCGUUUGGUUCGCCGAAUUGGAGCAAAAGGGGCUCGAGAACUUGGACAAAUGCUGCUUUGUUAUAGUUGCCGGCGGUCUCGGUGAACGUCUUGGUUAUCAAGGGAUUAAACUGCGUCUCCCAGUGGAGACACUGACCCAUACCAGCUACCUUGAGGCCUAUAUACAGCAUCUAUUGGCAAUGCAGAGGCUCGCAAAUGCCCAAAGCCAGACAUCAGUCCAAAUUCCUUUGGCUAUUAUGACGUCAGACUCGACUCACGAAGCCACACUGAGUUUCUUAAAAGAGCAUAAGAACUUCGGCAUGGCUGAAGGUCAACUGGUCCUCAUCAAGCAGGAAAAAGUGCCUUGUGUGGACGUGAUCGAGGGCUCUGAACCUAAGCUCAAGCUCGUUAUUAAAGACGAACUGCUAGUGAUGAAACCUCAUGGACACGGCGAUGUGCAUACGCUACUACACACGUCUGGAUUGGCAACCAAGUGGCAACAAAUGGGCAAAAACUACGUGCAUUUUAUCCAAGACACGAACUAUCUGAUCCUCAACGGCGUUCUACCAAUGCUUGGAGCUUGUGUGAAACACAAUUGGGGCUUUGCAUUCACGACUGUGCCUCGAAAGGCCAAGGACGCAUCUGGAGGUAUCGUACGCUUUACGUCACCAUCAAACAAACACUCGACGUUAUUUAACGUUGAAUAUCACGAACUGGACCAGUUCUUACGCACAAGAGCUAAGACGGAGUACCCUGAUGGCGAUAUCAACGACCUGGAGACUGGGUUCUCGCCAUUCCCCGGUAAUAUCAACGGUAUCGUUGCUGCUCUGGACUCGUACGUGUCUGUCCUCGAGACGUCCAAAGGUUUUGUGCCUGAAGUCUUCAACCCGAAGUUCCGAGCCAAUACAAAGUGCGCCUUCAAGUCACCUGCUCGCUUGGAAUGUAUGAUGCAGGAUUAUCCCAAACUUCUGGUUCAGUAUCAGAUCCAGCAUCAUGACUGCAACCAAGGUGUUGGUCUCGUGCAAUUCCCUUCGUCUGUGGUGUAUUCUCCAUGCAAGAACGACGCUGCAAGUGCAAGUGAAAAGGUGAAAAACGACAUCCCUCCACAAUGUGCCAGCUCUGCAGAACACGAGGUGUUUGCCGUUAACCGCUUGAAACUGAAGGCUCUGGGUGUGUCGAUGCCAAAAGAAAUCAAGCUCAGGUCGUACCUGGACGUCCCAGUAGACUGUUCGGGUCCGCAGAUCGUGUUUGGAUCGGGUUUUGCACUGAGCCAGACGACGCUGGCCAAGAAGUUCACUAACCCGUCUGCUAUCAAGCUCACCGCUCGCUCUACACUGAUCGUAGAGGGUGCGGAUGUCACGUUUGACGCUCUUGAUCUCGAUGGCGCGGUGCGUGUUGUGGCCUGUCCUGGUGCCGAUGUGAGGGUCAAGUCGCUGUGUGUGAAGAACGCUGGCGUUGAGUAUGAGUCAGUGUCAAGUGACAGUGAUCCUGUUGAAUCAAUGCGUGGCUACCGCCUGAAGCAGAUCGAGGUGAAGGAAUUUCGCUUCGACACUCCUGGUAACUAUGAAAUCGAUGGGUAAGGGAACGGCUGCAUUUGUAGAGAACAAUUUUUUUGUAAAGAGUGAAAAUUGGCGAAUGAAACUUCAAUCCUUUUCAUUGACCGACACAAUUAU